AUGAACGUUUACUCACUGGAAAAGGAGCUGCCAGAGCUUCCGCUCGAACCCCCGCCCCGCAACCCAAUGCGCCUAGCGAAGCAACUUCACUCCCCUACAUUGCACAAUGCAACACCCUCGAUCGCAUCUUCACAGUCCAGCUACUCUGAUGAUCCGGCCAACUACUCUGAUGAACGCGUCGAGCGGCUUGAAAAAGAGAAACGCGAUCUUCGGUCCGAAGUGAAUAGACUUCAACGACAGAUCAGGAGACACGAAGUAGAUAUUGUAACACGAACCGCUUUGUUGAGACGACAGAACAGCCAACUCAAUAAGCAGAUCGAAAGACAGAACCAAUUCAUGACCAAUCUGGUCAACACAGUUUUUACGGUGUUCUCGGACUACAAGCAGGCAGUGGGCUCCCUAAAGCAGUUUCAGGAAGAUGAAAUUCGCGAAGAACCAAGUGGGGAUGAAAUCCGUGUCUACAACGAAAUGGAUGGAAACUGGAUCUAG